AUGAGAGACCCAAACACCAAGCGCUCCAGAAGCUUUGGGUCUGUCACCUAUGCCACUGUGGAGGAGGUGGGUGCAGCCAUGAAGGCCAGGCCACACAAGGUGGAUGGAAGAGUUGUGGGACCAAAGAGGCCUGUCUCAAGAGAAGAUUCUCCAAGUCCUGGUGCCCACUUAACUGUGAAAAAGAUAGUUGUCGGUGGUAUUAAAGCAGACACUGAAGAACAUCACCUAAGAGAUUAUUUUGAACAGUAUGGGAAAAUUGAAGUGAUUGAAAUCAUGACUGACCGAGGCAGUGGCAAGAAGAGAGGCUUUGCUUUUGUAACCUUUGGUGACCGUGACUCUGUAGACAAGAUUGUCACUCAGAAAUACCACACCGUGAAUGGCCACAACGGUGAAGUAAGGAAAGCCCUAUCUAAGCAAGAGAUGGCUAGUGCUUCAUCCAGUCAAAGAGGUCAAAGUGGUUCUGGAAACUUCGGUGGUGGUCGAGGAGGUGGCUUUGGUGGGAGUGACAACUUUGGUCAUGGAGGAAACUUCAGUGGUCGAGGUGGCUUUGGAGGUAGUCGUGGUGGAGGAUAUGGUGGCAGUGGGGAUGGCGAUAAUGGAUUUGGUAAUGAUGGAAGCAAUUUUGGAGGUGGUGGAAGCUACAACGAUUUUGGCAAUUACAACAAUCAAUCUUCAAAUUUUGGACCCAUGAAAGGAGGGAACUUUGGAGGCAGAAGCUCUGGCCCCUAUGGUGGUGGAGGUCAAUACUUUGCCAAACAACGAAACCAAGGUGGCUAUGGCGGUUCCAGCAGCAGCCAGUAGCUAUGGCAGUGGCAGAAGG